UCACCGUACAAUGAUAUUCUUAAACUCAGAGGCCAGUAUGUGUUUAGCACACGAUCUGUUAAGAUGUAUUGAACAUAAAGAUAUUCAUGACGUACGUAUAUAAAAAUUUGAGAUAUAUUAUAUAAAAGGGCUUUAAUGAAAUAUUUUUAAGUAUUUAACACACAUGUUAAGUAUUUAAUUAAACAUGUUUCUUAUAUUGAAAGUGAUAUUAAUAAUUUUAUUAAAUAAAACGUACGCGUACAUCACGAAAGAUAGCGAAAUAAUAUUGCUGCCGGCACGGAACCUGACAAGCGCAAAGAAAAUACCGUUAACUUUGAACGUCUUUGGAAAACAGAUUCAGUUAAACCUGCGUAGAAACGACCAGAUUGCGCCUGCGUCUAAAGUAUGGAAACAUAACGUAAAAAAGUAUGGAAAUAUAACGGAAAAGCUGUCGCAAUUAAACGCACCAGGCUCCUGUUAUUAUUUUCACGAAGAUCAUAUCAGCAUCGCGGUCAUAAACUUCUGUCAGAAACAUGGAUUGGAAGGGGUUGUUUUUCUGGAAAACACUACAUUGGAUAUUUCACCGUUGCAAAAUAACUUAGCGUCGUCAUCUUUAAUUGGCGAUUCUUGUGUUGAAACAGAAACUAAUGUUUCAUUUGGCAAACCUCACUUAAUUAAACAACAUGUCUUCCGGAAACAUCUUUCUGAUUCGGACCUAUUUCAUGUAAACAAUCGCAAACCGAGGCAACGUCGCUCACAAGACACGCCGAUACCAAAUUUAAACUUAGAAUUGGCCAUCUUCUUGGAUAAAGCCGCAUUUAAUAAUUUGUUGCUUGCUGAAGACAGAGAUCCUGCGAGGAUGCGUGAUAUAUUGGUAGCGUACGUGAAAGGUCUUGAAGCUGUGUUCCAACAUCCGAGUCUCGGUGUCUCUUUCAAUAUAUUGUUGAAAUACAUGGAAAUUAUGAAACAUCAGCCAAUAGAUAUGCCACAUCAUGAAGGUUAUGUUUAUGAUCUGCUAAGUUCGUUUUGCAAAUACGCGUAUAAGUUGCAAGAUGGUACAAAGUAUCAUUGGGACGUCGCCCUUUACCUAACCGGAUUCGAUCUUACUGGUGAAAUAAACUUGACAUACCAGGGAAGGACCCAGUUCACCAGUGCGGGUUCCAGAACCUCUUUAAUAAGAGGAUGGCCCAGGGCCAAGAAUGGCGUAUGCAUUGAUGGAAAGUCUUGUGCAGUAGUAGAAUUUGGUGUUCGAAGCCAAAAUAAAAAUAUACCAACUUCGGGUUUUUCAUCGAUUUAUGCUGCCGCCGAGGAGAUUGGCCGCCUCUUGGGGAUGGUGAAUGAUGGAAUAAUGGGCAACGAAUGUGAGAGGGAGGGAUACAUCAUGUCAUUUAAAUGGGACAGUGAACAGUUUGCUAAGACGAAUUGGUCCGAGUGUAGUCGUGAAGUAGUUACAAACCUAGCGCUACAGCAAACGAAGCAAUGCCUUCUAGAUGGACAACCGGAAAACAUCACGUAUCAGUAUCGUUACAUCGAAUCAUCAGAACACAUAACGUCAACCACUUACGAAAUCGACAAUUACGAUGACAUAAAAAAAAAAUGGUCCGCCAAAAAACAAUGCGAAUUAUUUUUGCAUGACAAAAGGGCGAACCUUGUCAUAUCGGAUAAUUUGUGCCGGUUCUUACAAUGCGAGGCGCCGGACCAAGGCAUCACAAAUAUAUAUGAUUAUUUAAAUCAUAAAUAUAUCUUUUAUCAUAGUAAUUUCUUCGCGGGACCGGCGUUAGAAGGAACUCAUUGCGCACCUCAUAGAGAGUGUCGCUACGGAACGUGCUCGCUUGUCGAACCGUCGAAAUACCUGUACUAUUCGGAAGAUGGUAGCUGGAGUGAAUGGAAUGUAGAGCCCUGUGCAAAGAAUUGCUUGGAGAAAUCCAAAGGCACAAUAGUCGCACGUCGCACUUGCUCAAAUAAAAAUAACAAACCGGCGUAUUGCGCAGGAUCAUCUUAUGACGUGAAAUUGUGUGACGCCUCGAGUCUUUGCAGUGAGAAGCCUCGCUUGCCGAUCGAAAAGUAUAUAGACAUUAGUUGUGAAAAAGCCCGUUUUCUAGCUAAGAAAGGAAUACAGGCGCCUUACGAUUACAAUCGUCCGUGGUUGGCUUGCACUAUAUUCUGUCGAGGUACACGAAAAGAGGACGGAGACGACGACGUCAUUACUUAUUAUUCUUUAGCCGACAAAUUGACCAAUAGCGUUGAACGUAAUUUGCCGUACUUGCCGGAAGGAACGGCGUGUCAUACUGACAAUGAAACUGGCCUGCAAUUUUAUUGUCGUAAGCAUCAAUGUUUGCUGGAAACAAGUAGGACGGUGAAUUGUCGAAAAUCAAUCUACUAAUCCAGAAGGAAAUUAUCGAAAAAUUAUUACCACGUAAACAAGAAUGCGGAGAAAUUAGGAUACGCAAAACGCGCGUAAUCAAUCCAAAAACCGUCCGCCGAUUUGUCGACUACCUGACGUCUGCCCCAGAAGACGAAUUACUUUCGCUAACUUCUGUUUUGCACAGCGCCGAUUCCAUAUUCGACGUAGACAAAUGGAUCAAAGAUUACGUUGUGAAAACGGCAUUCAAAUUUUAUUAAUUAGUAUUAAUAACAGCAGAAGAAAAACGAUAAAACAAUUAUUAGUUAUUAAUUGACAUGCCUAUAGAAAGGGAAAAUAGAUUGUUAACAAAGUAGAUGCACUCUUAUUCUGUAUGAAAAAAAUGUCGCGAGAGAUAAGACGAGAGCGAUGACGUCUCUCACUUGUCUAUUUUAAAAAUGUCCCGAUAUUAUAAUUGUGUAGUUAUAUAAGAGCGGGAUGGAGAAUCGAGAGCAAUGAAGAAACACUUAUUAUAUAUAUUUUUACGUUGACGGAUCUCACUGUGACAUCCGAUUGAAUUUUACAUCUAAAACAUUUUAUGAUUGAUCUGUUUACUUCUUCGUAAUUUUUAUACCACAUAAAGCAAUACUUUUGUGAUGUAAUAAAAAUACUGCUUUAUUUCCC